AUGCGCGUUUACGCACCCUUUCUUGGCCUCAGCCUUGCCGCAACGGCAGCAGCGGCUCAGCCCCUUCUUCGCGUCACCAACCAGUGUUCGGAAAACGUCUACGUCGUCUACAGCAAUGAUCAAUACAAAGCUGCUCAGGUCACCCUUACACAAGGAAAGGGUUUCCAAGUCAUUCUUUCCGGCCUAGGAUAUAGCGUCGGGUUGUCCACCGAUCCGGCCUUCUACUCCGAGGCUGUCGCCAAGUUGAUUUUCGGCUACUCAGUCAACACUGACAAUGGCCUGCUGUACUACAGCAUUGCGUCAGAUUAUGGCAAUCCCUUCGCGAGCCAGUCUUUCUCUUUGACAGGCAACAACGGAUGCGCUUCAGUGAACUCGCCCAACGGAGUCACGUACGCUUGCUCGGACGCGGCUAGCCUUUACCUUACGCUCUGCGGCUGA